AUGUCAAGCUUCAAUGCGUUGAAUCUUACACUUCAAGAUGAGCAGUUGGAUGCUGAAGAGCAUUCACGAGAGUUGCAGAUCGAAGAGAGUUUCAAAAUAUUCCAGAAGGCAUUAAUUGAACUUAAGGCUAGGCGAUAUGACAGUGCUCACGUUCUUUUCGAGGAGCUAUUUGCAAUGGAUGUGAUCAUGCCCAAUAAGUGGGGCCUCUAUACUUACUCCACUCCAACACUGAACAGUCUGCGAUAUCUCGCUUUCAGGAACAGAGGCAUGUACUAUUACACGUACUUGGUAGAUCAUGAAUCUGAGUUGGCCACCGAAGAUAUCGUCGAAUAUACACUUAAAGUGGUAGAGAAUCUAGUGGAGGCCAUUCAGCACGGAGAGGCAGACACAACAGUGAUUGCAUUACUGAACCAAAUAUUCAGCAGUUACAAAACGAAAAGGUUACAACGUUGGUUGUUGGAAUAUGAGUUGACAAGACAGGAAAAUACGUGGAUUAUUCUGGGCAGAAGACGGAGAGGAAUGCUUCCGCAAUUUAAAGAGAUUCUCAAACAGUAUGACGAUCUUUUAAAAAGUAUAAGAGCGCCUUGUUUCAUCCAGGCUCUAGAACCAAAUAAUGUACGACAAUACUUUGAUCCAGAUAAAAUUGUUACACGCCCUCUCAACCCCAUUCUCAUCAAAAUAAAAGAAAUGAAGACUCAAGAUGAACAAUCAAUGAAAGAGCUUGAUAUGUUUGAUGUCACCCUAAAGAAAAACAGUUGGGAAGCAGUGGCGAAAUGUAUCAAAGAAUUGACUCCCCAUGUAAAAAAUUCUGUUAUGCUCACGAAGUCAGUGGAUCCUUAUGGUGAGGUUGAAUACUCAAUUGAAGCUGUCAAGUUCAUACUUUCUGAGUCUACGUUACUUGAGUCUGAAGAUGAAGGGACGAAUGAGGAAGAUGAAAAGGAAUCAACCGAGAAGCCUCAAGCCAUCAGAAGUCUAAAAGUUGAGGACAGUACUGAAAUUAGUGUAGAAAACAAGGUAGAGAGACGGGCUGAAAAUCCGUCAUCUAAUAAACGUCCUUUAGACGAUUCAAUUAAUUCGAAAAUUGCCCCAAGAAGUAGCAAACGAUUUAAGGACAAAGAGCAAGAAGUGCACGAAGAUGACUCCGCAAAAAUAGUUGAGAACUUCCUGUUUGAGAUAUCCACCCUUUUGUCUUCACUAUCUAUGAAAAUUCCGUACAAUAAAUCAACCGCCUCAGCGGAAACACUAGAUUCAUUCGAUGCUGAGUGUAUUUCAAGCUUGGAUCUGGUAAAAUGUUUAAAAGGUUGGAGCAGUUGGCAUACGGACCUCUUUAUUCAAAAUGAUUUCAAACUGGGACCAAGCACCAGCGGUAGGACUGGUGGCAUUGAAGUAUUACAGUUAAAUUCAUUACUUAAGUCUAACAUGCUUGCUGACAGCGGUGUUUCAGUCUUUAAUAUCCAGGAACUUCAAGGCAACAAAAUUGAAUCUUUUUUAGAGAGUGUGAAUGGGAGGAAGAUGCACUUUCAAGAGGUAAGAUUCAGAUUUCUACAUGCAUUACUCUCUUUUAAUACUGAUUCGCAUGAACGCCUUAUUGUUGAUUACUCUUGGUCCGCUAGCCUAUCGAAGACAGUUGAGUGGAUUUUAUUGGGUUUAGAGCCGAGCAUGUAUGAAUUCAUGACAUCUAAUUUGGAAAAGUAUCCCUUUCUGGCACUUUCAGUGUACGAAAUACUGGUGAAUCGGUUAGGAAGCACCUACGAAGAAUUAGAAGCUAAAAGGGUACAUGGCAGCAAAACGAAUGAUCUUAAGAGUCAGAGAAAUCAUCUAGGAAAAAAGCUGAUCAAAUGGUAUUCCCUUCUACGGAAAUAUAGUAUUUUUGACCCAAAGUGGGAAAUAUAUCUUGGUUGGGCGCACUAUUGCUAUCUUCAAUACAGCUGCGAUAUCGUUGAUCAUCGACUUCUAGCGUCGCUGCGGGAUAUCGAAAGCAAGCUGAAACUUUUGAAGAGUAAUUUUUUUGUAGCCUAUCCAAACUACCGUCACAUACCAUCUUUAAAUCCAGCUGCUAUUAACUCCCAAAUUAGAAAAAUAAAUAUAAUAAAGAAAAUAAGCAUUGUAGAUGCAUCAGAAGAACCACGCGAAAACAAAGAAAUAGCACAGAAUGUCGAGAUACUGCAAAACGUUCUUUUGCGGACCAUAUAUCCCGAGACAAAGUGCUCUUUGGAUGAUCAGGAUAUGUUUACUUUUAUUUGUAAUUCUCCCUUUAUACUGAAAGUUAAACUUUGGGAAGUGCUUUUAUCAUUUUACGUGAGCAAAAACGAUAUGAGAAAUAUUUUGAGAAGCUAUUUCAAUGUACUGACUUUGUUCACUCAAGUCAUCGCUUCUAGUGAUUAUCUUUCGCUGUCAGAUAAAGGACGUCAGCAAAUGCAGCUUACAAUUUUAAGCUCCGUGGGAUAUUUUACCUCGAAGGUGAUCGCAAGUUUGGCUGGCAAAAAUUGGAAGAUAACAGAGAAUGUUACAUUUGAAGAUUUGAAGGUUCUCACCAAAACAUUUUUUCUCUUUUUUCCAGUUCUUGAUUUUGAGAGCCUGAUGAGGAACGAUCCUUCUAAGAAACCUUUCUUCAAAAGAGCUGUCAAAUCUUCGUCUAAAAUGAAAGACACUAUCGCUAAUUUGGCAACAGUGUUUGUUUUUUUCUUUAAUUCUGAAUCUUCAUCAACCUCCUCAGUGCAAAACAGUUCUUUCACAACGAACAUGAUAUGGAGUUUCCACUCUUUGUUGGGAGCAUUUGGAUUCUGUGAUGCCUCAGAAGGCAAUUUUUUGAAGAUAUGUGAAAGACUUUUAUGUCGUAUUGCUGACAAUGAUUCGUUAACACUUUUAAAACAAGUUUUAUGGUGUCGUUAUCAUUAUUUAAUCGCUGGCGAUAAUUUUACACCUGAACAGCAUCCCACAAAAGCUGUAGAAAUGGAUAAGGGAAAUUCGUUGCCGCUGGGUAUAUAUCUUGUGAGGUUGUUGUACCAAGGAAAGAACCCACUUCUUGCCAGUGGCAGCAAAAGUAAUCUGAAACCUGUACUAGAUAACAUUAUAGAGACCAUAGGAAAUCCUCUUCUUUCUGGAAGUCAAAUCAUAGAAAGAAACAAAUAUGAACUUACAGAAUACCUGGAAAGUCCAAUUACGGUACAGCUUUUUCGAAAUGCUUUCUCGGGGAAAUAUACGCUGGCUCUUACCACCCCAUAUGAUGAGCUGCAAGAGUUUAUGAACGUUGGUGUUCUUUACGUAUCGAGCAUCCAAUCACUAAACCUUUACCGGGCAAGAAAGAAAUUGAUGCAAGCAAGGCCUUCCGAACUGGACUCGAUCAUAUCAAUGUUAAAGAAUGACAUUAUUUAUAACACCAAGCGUUUUGAAAGCUGGUAUUUGCUGGGUAAGUGCUAUGCAUACUUGGUAGAGGACGAUCUAAUGUGGACUUCCGACAAGCUUACUGUUAUUGAGAAGAAGAACUCAAUAGCUAUGACACAAAGGCAGUCAAUCUUGUGCUUCAUCAUGUCCUUAACCUUAUUCUUUGCAAAGAAAAUCAAACUUCCGGAAGACGAAAUUAUCGCUCAAAAAGCAUGUGAAGAGAUGGGCGUAGAAUUGAUUAGCGCCUACCUUAAACCUAUGGAGAAAUUAUGCUUUACCUGGAAGCGUUCAGAGACAACUUUGGCACUCGGAGAAUAUGGUGAUGUUUCAGAGAGAAGAAGCCAAGGUACUUCAUGCAUCUCAGACUUUAACAUCGAGCAAGCAAUAUUACUCUCUUUCAAGACGAGUGGUUACUUCCUGGACAAAAAUUCAAAUGAUGACAGCACUUACAACUGGGUUACAUACUAUCACAUUGGUCGGAUGUACUUCAAGAUUGAUAGAAAAAAACAUUGUCCAGAUGCGUUUGAGAGCAUACAAAAGGCAUGUAAGGCAGCUGUGCAAAGUUCAGCUGCAAAAGAUGCAGUUAUCGAGCCCCACUAUUCUCUCGUGAACAUGUGUUUCAAGUCUGUGAAGGAGGGCAUUAAUACUCCUAAAGAGGCUUUGAAGCUUCUUUCCACUGACAAGGAAUUUUUUAAAGAGGAGGAAGUCUUCUGGAAAAUUGACGAAUCGCUUGCCAUUGAUUACCAGAUAAGAGUAUUUUAUCAGAAGAUUGUUAAGCUACUCAAAAUCCUGAUAGCAUCUGACAAAAAAAAAUGGCAUCACAGACCACGCUAUAGAAUCUCUCGAAUUCUUUUCGAUGAGUUUACAGACACUGAUGGAGCAUUGAACGAGAUGGGAGCGAUGAUGUCGAUUAAGAGUACUCAUAAGAACUUAGUUAAUAUAUGGAAACCUGAUUUCGAAAGACCUGGAAAGCAUUUCGUAUACACCAAUCAAUAUGUUAUAUUUUAUUUGGACAUUCUUUUCCGCAAAGGUGAUUUUAAUUCCAUUGGUUUAGUUUGUAAAAAGAUAAGGAGAUUUGGAUCUGGAAUGGCGUACGUUAACAAAGCUUCAGAGCAUGCUGUUGCAUUAUACACAUUAUGUGCAAGAAGAAAGCUGCACAUAAACGAAAAAGAAUACGUUGAGCAAAUACUUCCUGCCAUCAAUUACCAGGUAUUCAUGAAGAAUAGUCAGAACCUCCUCGAUUCUGCCAAAAAAGAGGACUAUUCGGAAGAGAUAAUUGAUGGAAUCAAGAUAGCGUAUCAAUUGAAAAAAGUCAACAACGGUAUCGCAUUCGAUGGAAUAUGUCUGUCAUUAUUUCUCAAAUUUUUCUACAUGCCGCUCGCCGCCAGCCUAUUACAAGAAGAAGAAACCGCAAAAGAACCUAAACAGGAAGUACAACGCUCUGUGUCCUUUCAAACUACUGAUGUUAAUACUUCAGCAUCAGGUACAUCUUUAUCAGUACAAAAUAACCCGAAACCAAGCCUCCCAAGGAAACGUGUUAGUAAGAAGGACGCUUUCGAUAAAAUUCGAAUGCUUGUAGACAAACUCACGUGA